GGCGACGACAGCUUCGGCGAAGUCAGUGGUCAUUCUCUCGCUACUCCCUCACUCCCUUCAAAGCCCUCUUCCCCUCGAUACGCUUUUGCUUGCUGCCCCUCCGCACACUAUGUCCACCACCCAGUACACCCCGCGGGAAUACCCCAAUGCGAAGCCCAACAGGACCUGUCAGCCGCCGCAGACGCGGUCGAGGAUCUCUAUGAUGCUCUGGAGGUGGAAAAUAUGGGUGGAGGGGACGCUCAUCUUUUCUAUGCUGGAGCCUUGGGAGAAGAUUCUCAUUACCUCGAUCUUCCUCGUCCUCUUCAGCCUCAUCUUCACCGCCAUCUUCAAGUACCUCCCGCAACACGUCCUCGUCAUGCACCGGCGCGCUGUGUACUACAUCUGGGGCGAGGGCAACGCGGAGGGCAAUGCCUUCAAGGAGUGGUCGGGCGCGGCGAGCACUGCCGCGUUCGGGUCGCAUAUCGCGACGGAGCUAUGAGAUGGCGCGGACGCGCGAGUGGAGUGAGAUGGUGCCAACGGAGUGAGAAGGUGCCGGCGGAGGGACAGAGGAUCUAGAGAGGUGUGGGGAAUGGAGGCUGCUUUGGCGUGUCAUAGAUUGGAUUUCAUCAUGUGCUCUAGUGUAUAGUUCGCGGUCUUAAUCUCAUCUAUGUGACCGACUCC